CGCAUGGCCCUGACAGACAAGUAACCGAGCAGCGAAGCGACGCCGCGAGAGAAGAGACAGAGAGAGAUGGCGGCGGUGGGGGACGAGAAGAGGGGAGAGGAGGCGCUGGAGCGGCUGAGGGCGGCGGACCCGCCUCUAUACCUCUCGCCAUCGUCGGAGCUCUCCCAGGUCGCCCGCGCCGCUUCCCGCCACCUCUACUCCGCCCUCCUCCCCUUCUGCCCCAAAGCCCCCGUCGAUCAGCUCCUCGCCGAUGAGGGCUUUGACGCCGAACAGAUCUGGUACCAGAUCGACCUCCUCUCCCGCCCCCUCGUCUCCACUUUGCGACGCGAGGUCAGGAGGCUGGAGAGGGAACCCCCCGAAGUGUUUCUGCCCGCCGGAGGAAAGACGGCGGCGGAGGUGGUGAAGGGAGGAGACGGCGAGGAAGGUGAAGAGGAGGAGGAGGAGGAUGACGAUGGGGAGGAAGAUGAGGAGGAAGAGGACGUGGCCGCGGGGGAGGAAGAGGAGGAAGACGGACGGGAAGAGGAUGAGGAUGAGGAGGAGGAAGAGGGGGAAGAAGAAGAAGGAGGGGAAGGGAAGGGGCAGGGGGUGGCGGAUCGUUUUCUUAAGAUAAAGGAAUUGGAGGAAUUUUUGGAGAAGAAUGAGGAAGAGGAGUAUGGGCAACCAGAAAGGAGAAAAAGAAAAGAAAAGAGGGAUGAGGAAGACGAAGAGGAAGAUGAGGAAGAAGAAGAGGAGGAGGAUGAGGAGGAUGCUGAUGAGGCAGAUUUGGAGUUGGGAGAUUUUGAUGAAGAUGGCGAUGAAGAAACAGACUUAUAUGAAAAUGCAAGGUAUGAAGAUUUUUUUGGAGGUAAAAAGAAAAGAGGAUUAAACAAGAAAGAUGGUGGCAAAAUGAGAGAAGAUUCAGAUAAGGAUGAAUUAUUUGAUGGGACAGAAGACCAGAAAAUGGAUGAUGAGGAUACUGACACUCAGAAUAAAAAUAAUCUUUCCACUCAUGAGAAAGAGCUACAGCAGAUUCGCUCUAAAAUAGAGCAAAUGGAGAAAGCAAAUUUGGAACCCAAGUCAUGGACAAUGCAGGGAGAGGUUACUGCUGCUAAAAGGCCUAUGAACAGUGCGCUUGAGGUGGACCUAGAUUUUGAGCAUAACGUGAGACCUGCUCCAGUAAUCACAGAAGAAGUCACAGCUUCCCUCGAAGAUCUGAUCAGAAAAAGGAUUAUGGAGGGACAUUUUGAUGAUGUUCAAAGAGCUCCUGCUUUACCAUCUAAAGCACCAAAAGAAUACAAAGAACUGGAUGAAAAUAAGAGCAAGAAGGGCCUUGCUGAAAUAUACGAGGAAGAGUAUGCACAGAAGACAGGUCUAGAUUCUGCACCUCUUUCCGUUUCAGAUGAACAAAAGAAGGAGGCAAGUAUUCUAUUUAAGAAGCUUUGUUUGAAGUUGGAUGCACUGACACAUUUUAACUUUGCCCCAAAACCGGUUAUUGAGGACAUGUCUGUACAAGCGAAUGUACCUGCUCUAGCAAUGGAAGAGAUUGCACCUUUGGCUGUCUCAGAUGCAGCCAUGCUUGCUCCUGAAGAAAUAUUUGAAGGGAAAGGUGACAUCAAGGAAGAGGCAGAGCUAACACAAGCAGAGCGCAAGAGGAGGAGAGCUAACAAGAAAAGAAAAUUUAAAGCUGAGACGGCUAAAAGAGCAGCUAAAAAAGCACGUCAAAGUGUAGACCCCAGUCAUCCCAGCGGCAAGCAAGAUUCAUGAGCCGCGACAUCUCUGGGAAACAAACCUCGUAGAAACAUAGCAUUGAUUGAUGACUGCAGUAUGCUGCAUUAUUCUGGUUUAGGCCUUCCAGACCUUCUAGCAAGUUUGCAAUCAGGACACCUUCAGAGCCUCUUAACUCGUAAACUCAGGAAAAGCAAUGCCUUUUGGCCUCAAGAGUCGAAGCAUGAGUUUGUAUUGUCAAAUGUGCCUGGAAAGAUGCGGAGCGAUACAGGUUUGUCCAACGAAGGUGGCCAAGUCAUCAGCUACCUUUGUGCCUCUUGUCGGCAAGCUUUCCAAGGAAGAACAAAAAACAGCAGCAAUUUUUUCUUCCACCCUGUGAGUACGUGCAGUUUUGUUUCUUGAAGAUGUUCAAGAUCAUGAUUUCUGAUACAUAGAUUUAUAACAUAAAAUUUUGGGUAUUUCGGAGUAUGAAAAAUCCUGUUUCAAGUAGGCUCUAAGCAAAAUAAACACUUUGUAUACCGUCGUCGAUCUGAUACUAACUUGUGCAUGAUCAUGCUUACAGAAUGUUGUGAUCAUUACGUAAAUAAGCUCUUGAAUGUUCACUUUGACAACAA